UUACAUUGCCAAAGCAAUGGAUAAUUUGAAAAACAUAACCACCGCAUCGUGGUUGUGAAAAUAUCGGCAUGCCGUGAAAAAAUCUUAAGAAAACCACUCACAGCUGGGAAAAGGAGGUAGCUGAGUAUAACAUCACAUUGAGUUUUUAAAAAUGCAAUGCAAAUCGGAUAUUAUUCAAGCGAGUGUGCUAAGCUCCCAGACGUUUGUGCGAGUAGUAGAAGAUGGUGUUUUAGAAACGACGAAUGUGCUAAAAAUGUUGACUUCCUUGCUGCCCAACUCAGGUAAGUUAAUUCCGAUAAAGUACACCACGAUCACCGAAGGAAUUGUCAGCAUACCAUUACUUGGAAGCGCAAUCUUUCAAAAUCAAUUUGGUUUGAAAACGCAACAUCCCAUUAUACCGUUAUUACAAAAUCAAUCGGUAAACAUAAAUGACGUGGCCCACAAAAUUGUCGGUAUUUUCAAUCAUCAUGAUCAGCAAAGAAAGGAGCACAGACGUUGCCCAAUUCAAAGACUAUUUGGACUGGCUUGCUAUCAUUAAGCAAAGCAAAUCUCGCGGAGUAAUUUUAACUCUUCCACAACAUCCUUGUUCACAAGCAUACUACUAAUUGAAGCUAUAGAACACUGCCUUACGUUUUAUAUUCAAAAUUUCUUGGCGUUUCAAUACAACAAAAUAAUAAUAAAAUAAUAAAAAAUGUCAUCUAAUAAGAAGAGUGACGUGUGGUUGCACUUCUCGGAGGAGAAGGAUAAGAAGGUUAAGUGUAAGUUGUGUGGUCAGCAGUUGUCGGUGUCAAAUAAAUCGACUUGCGGCCUUAUUCGUCACAUGAACAGACGACACCAGUUCCAGAGAAUCUCUAGACAGGCGCAACCUGUAGAAGAAGUACUUCUUGACAUCGAAGGCAGUGAGCUCAACAACAACAUCAGUGAAGUCAACAACAACAUCAGUGAAGUCAACAACAACACCAGUGCAGUCAACAACCAUAACCCCCAUCAGCUCAACAAUAGCACAGUAACACCGCAGGUCCCUGCUCAGAUCCGACCACGGGCAUUAAACGCAUCGCAGCCACAAGUAACAAACUUUUUAUAUAAACCUCUUCCAAUAAAGAAGCAGCGCGAAAUCGAUCAACAGGUAUUAAAAAUGAUAGUCCGUGAAUAUCAUCCUUUCAGUGUAGUAGAAGACAUAGAAUUUAAGAAGUUGGUGUUUCUCUUGAAUUCCAAUUACAAGCUUCCAAGCCGAAAAACCAUUUCUUCCUCAUUGAUUCCUGCCACAUACAACGAAACAGUAGAAAUUGUUAAAAAGCGGUUAGAGAGAGCUUAUGCCAUAUGCUUAACUAUGGACGGGUGGACUUCUCGUGCUCAAGACAGCUUUUUCAGCGUUACCGCUCAUUAUGUUGUAGAAAAAGAAAAAAGAACAUUUCUUGCGUCGGACUUACUAGCUUUUGGUGCUUAUGCGGAAAGGCACACUGGCGAAAACAUUACAAAAAAAAUGAUUGAAAUUUUUAAUGAGUGGGGAAUUUAUAACAAAAUUACUGUUGUGGUAACUGACAAUGCUGCGAAUAUGAAAGCAGCGGUGCGCGGGGGAGGCUGGCGCCAUUGGGGUUGCUUUGCACAUUCCUUAAAUCUAGUUGCACAAGCAGGAUUAAAGGAAAUAGAACCUGUUUUAUGUAAAGUUA